UCGCGUUUUUACGUCUCUGGGUUUAGAAACUGGCAGUGGGGGAACAGGAAGUUCCGCGCAGGCGCGCAUCAUUCUUCAGAAUAAAGGAUACGUCAGAAUUGUGCAGUCGAUGUGUCCGUUUCUAAUAUAUUACUACUGAUUAAGUCUGAGGCCGGUAACGUCAACAGUGAGGACAAACCCAGCCUGCCUCUCUCCUUCCACACUGAGUCCAAACCUACAGUCACUGGGUCCUGAUUGUGACAGUAGAGCCCAGUUUUUACAGCAGGAUCCAGAGAUGGCAUCAGUGAAGCUGGAAGACUGCAGUCAAACAAUGGAGCUGAAUGUCAACAUUAAAGAUGAAGAAGAGGAGGAGAAGAUUGUGAAAUCUCUUUCUCAUGGACGGCUAGAAUUAAGUCUGGGGCCGGUAACAUCAACAGUGACGACAAACCCAGCCUGCCUCUCUCCUUCCACACUGAGUCCAAACCUUCAGUCACUGGGUCCUGAUUGUGACAGAGGAGCCCAGUUUGCACUGCAGGAUCCAGAGAUGGCAUCAGUGAAGCUGGAAGACUGCAGUCAAACACUGGAACUGAAUGUCAUCAUUAAAGAUGAAGAAGAGGAGGAGAAGAUUGGGAAAUCUGUUUCUCAUGGAAACCAUGGAGAGACAUUAUCUACAUUCAGAGAGCAACAGCAGGAAGAUCACAGAGCUAAGAGGUCUCACCACUGCCCACAUUGUGGGGAGAUUUUCUCAUUUCUAUCAAAGCUGAAAAUACACCUAAAAAUACACUUAGGAGAGAAUCUGUAUUCCUGUACUGACUGUGGCAAGGAUUUCACAACAUUAAAGGUUCUGAUAGUUCAUCAGAGAGUGCAUGAACGGAUACAUACAGGAUUGAAGCCUUACUUCUGCUCUGACUGUGGAAAGAGUUUCUCACGACUGGACACCUUAAAAAGACAUGAACAUAUACAUACAGGAGAGAAGCCUUACUCCUGCUCCGACUGUGGGGCAAGUUUCUCUCGACUGGGCCACCUAAAAACACAUGAACGUAUACAUACAGGAGAGAAGCCUUACUUCUGCUCUGACUGUUUAAAAUGCUUCACAACAUCAAAUGACCUGAAAGUUCAUCAG